UUCCUUUUAAAAUUCAAAUACUUGAGAAUUUUCUUCACGUGAAACUUUUUUCAGCUAACGUACAUUGACAUUUUACGUAUAAAUACAGAUUCUACAGAAAUUUUCUGAUCUCUGAAUAUUCCAUUAAAUGUCGAAUUUUGAGACGAACCCAUUUCUCUUUUCCCUUUCAUCCACAAAUCGCUUUUUUCCGCUUAUCCAGGUUAAGGUUUCAAUUACCAGAAUUGGCUCCAUAGCAAAUUGUCUCCAGGCUUCUUAUGAGAAUUGAGAAAGAAUAAUGAGACAUUGGCUUAACAAUGGUUGAUAUCAGUGUUUCAUUAUUGAGGUUUCUGAACAGUUCGUAUUAUUUUGGUUCCUAUAUCUUUGCAUGGUUGGUUACUGGAUCUCUUGGACUCUUGGCAGUCAUAUAUGUUUUCCUUAAAUGGCAACGGAAGACAUCUCUCAAUUGGGUUAAAGCUGCUGCUGUAGCAAAGAAGCAAGUGUGGGAGAAGCUGAAGGUUCCCUUAUCCCAUCAUACAUGGAUUGAAGAUUUUGCUUAUGGUGUACAGCCAUCCACAUGCAGCGUGUGCCUCACAUCACUCGUUUCUCCACAUACCUUAGGUACAAAAGCUGCAUCAAGUUCUCCAGUACAUCGUUGCGCUAUUUGUGGUGUCGCAGCCCAUUUUCGUUGUUCUCAGUUUGCCGCAAAGGAUUGCAAGUGUGUCGCACAGGCUGGUUUAAGCCAUGUCCGGCACCAUUGGUCUGAAAGAUGGACCGACUUGGAUGAGAAUCCUGAGAUGUCUGCCUUUUGUUUCUACUGUGAUGAACCUUGUGGUGUUCCUUUCCUUGAUGCAUCUCCAACUUGGUAUUGUUUAUGGUGUCAACGAUUGAUACAUGUCAAAUGCCAUGCCAAGAUGUCUGAAGAAUCUGGUGAUAUUUGCGAUCUGGGUCCUCUCAGAAGGCUUAUUCUUUCUCCACUCUAUGUUAAAGAUGUAGAAGCUGAGACUAAAGAUGGUGCAAUAUUAAGUUCUCUGGCAGAAAAAAUGAAUACCAAUGGGCAUAUCAGACGAAAGCGUCAUCGGCACAAACAUGGAAAUGACCUCAUAAAUGGUAAAGUGCAAGGCAGUUGUGCUGCAAAGAGAGCUUUGGAAUAUGUGAUUAGAUCCCUGGUGGCUUUGAAGCUUUCCCCCUAUGAGAAGAAUAAUGGCUACUCUAUAAAAUGUAACAAGCUGGGUGGCAGAAAAGGUAGCCAGAAUGGGUUGGCCUGGAACAAGCAGGAAAGUAGAAUCUUGGGUAGAUCUAAAAAGUAUGCGCUAGUGGAUUUGCCUCAGGAUGCUAGACCUCUUCUAGUUUUCAUUAACACUAAAAGCGGAGCUCAAAAUGGUCCUGCUCUUAGAAGGAGAUUAAACAUGCUAUUGAAUCCUGUUCAGGUAUUUGAACUUGGUCAGUCCCAAGGGCCUGAAGCUGGUUUAGAAUUAUUUAGUAACUUGCAGUACUUUCGGGUCUUGGUCUGUGGUGGUGAUGGGACUGUUGCUUGGGUCCUUGAUGCUAUUGAGCGGCAUAACUUUGAGUCACCUCCACCAGUAGCAGUUCUUCCUUUGGGAACUGGAAAUGAUUUGUCUAGAGUCCUGCAAUGGGGUGGUGGAUUUGCAAUGGUUGAAGGGCAAGGUGGAUUAAGACCCUUUCUGCACGAUUUGAACCAUGCUGCCGUUACAAUGCUUGAUCGUUGGAAAGUCAACAUAACUGAAGAAAAAUCUGCUCAUGACACCCCUAAGGUGCAAUCAAAGUUCAUGCUGAAUUACUUGGGUAUAGGAUGUGAUGCAAAGGUUGCAUAUGAAUUUCAUAUGAACAGGGAAGAAAACCCUGAGAAGUUUAAUAGUCAGUUCGUAAAUAAAUUGCGAUAUGCAAAAGAAGGUGCUAGAGAUAUAAUGGGCAGAACUUGUGCAGAUUUGCCAUGGCAAGUAUGGCUUGAAGUUGAUGGGAAGGACGUAGAGAUCCCCAAGGAUACUGAGGGCUUGAUUGUGCUGAAUAUUGGUAGCUAUAUGGGUGGAGUUGAUCUGUGGCAAAAUGAUUUCGAGCAUGACGAUGACUUCAACGACCAGUCAAUGCAUGACAAAGUACUUGAAGUUGUUAGUGUUUCUGGAGCAUGGCACCUUGGCAAGCUACAGGUAGGGCUUUCUCAAGCGAGGAGGCUAGCCCAAGGGGGAACUGUAAAGAUACAUUCUUCUAGUCCUUUCCCCGUUCAAAUUGAUGGGGAGCCUUUCAUACAGCAACCGGGUUGUCUAGAAAUAACACAUCAUGAACAGAUGUUCAUGCUGAAGAAGGCAUCAGGUUCCAACGGGCCUAGAGGUCAUGCGGCUGCAAUUAUGACAGAGGUUUUGGUGGAUGCUGAAUGUAAAGGUCUCAUAACCGCUGCUCAAAAGAAGGUACUUCUUCAGCAGAUUGCUCUCCAGCUUUCUUGAUUUCCAUCCUUGGUGAAUAUUUUCACUUUCAUAGACUGACCUUAAUCAGCUCAUACAAACACAACCUUUUUCCAUUCACAUUCUUUUUUUUUUCUUUUUUCUAACCAGUAGUUUGUGCUUGAGGGAAAAUUUUGUACACUAAAGAGAAUGAAAAGAUACUAUAGGAGAUGUGAGUUCCAAAUGUAAAUUUUGAGUAUACGAUUGUGGUUUUCUACCAAUAGGCAAUCUCGUUGACUAUUGACAACAUAAAGGGUUCAAUGUGGUUUGACAUUUUGAUAAAGGUACAUUUUCUUUUCCUUAUUUUCUUUUUAAUGUGUAUGAUGUGUAUAUCGUACAAGUGCCUCUUUUACAAGGUACAGCUUUUGAUGGUAUGAUAAAAACGUUGAUGUGUUUA